CCGACAAUAGGAAUAACUUUUAGUAUUAGCCCAAGUCGCUGUGUAGCUUUACCUAAAUGCUUACAACGAGGGACGGCUUUAAACAACACACUAUACGACUAAGUUCCUUAUUCUUACCAGUUUCUGUUUACCAGUUAGCUCGCUGUCAUAUCGCUCCGGCCAUUUUUCUUCUUCUUUUACCACCAGAGUGGGAAGCUUGUUUCGCCAACAGCGCCUGAAGUCGACUAGCGGCGAGUUUGAGAGGCGAAAUGAUGGCGGAUAACGAGCAUAAAAGGAGGGGUAGCACCGACGACAGAGCAGGGCCGCAGGAGGAGGGAGGCAGAGUGAAAACUAAGCCUGUCUCUUGUAGCACUGUGGGGGGAGAAGGGACCGCAGUCAAACGCACAUCCCAGCAUCUCACCCACGAAGAUGAAGAUGAGUCCUCAGCAGACCCACCAGCACCAACCAAAGUCUCGAAAAUAGGCUUCAGCAUGAGCAGUCAGCUGGGAAAGAAAGCGAACCCUAUAUCAAUUAAACUUGGAGCCCCGAAGCCUAAAGAGACUGCACCAUCGUUUCCUCCCAAAAAGCUGGGGCUGGCAUCUGUUUUUAACGAAGAUGACGAUAGUGAACCUGAGGAGAUGCCUCCAGAGGCAAAGAUGAGGAUGAAGAACAUUGGCAGGGAAACGCCAACAUCUGCAGGACCUAAUUCCUUCAACAAGGGCAAACAGGGAUUCUCUGAUCAUCAAAAACUUUGGGAGAGGAAGCUAAAGUCCCAAGCAGAAAACUUGUAAAUCACUACAGCAAGUUUUGUCACCACAAGUAAUUUUUCUAUAGGUUAACCAUGUCAGAUGUCAUUGAAGGCUCAGAUGAUUAGUCAUUGCAGCCUUAGCUUUUACAACUUCUCUGUAGGUUUGUGAUGAGUACUUUAAGCCUACUAUGAUUGUGUCUGAAUUUGUUUCCAUUUUGAAAUACUGGUUGAUCCUUACUGAUAAGAGAGGUUCAAGACAGUCUGAUCUCUGUGUGAGAGGUGUGAACUGGUGACGGAAAAUUCUACAGGGUGUAACCAGUAUGCUGGUUACGCCCUGUAGAUGUUGCUGUAGUUCCCGUUUUGGGUUAAUGAAAAACACUCAUCUUACAGCCCUCGUUUUCCCUUGCUCCUAUCUGAAGCCAGUGAGCAAGUGUGUUGCUUGCUUCAUUUUUGUGUAUAAAUAUAAAUAGAGGUGCCACAGUGUUUUAUUUUUAAAACCACAAAUCAGAGUGCGAGUGUGACCUGAGUGUGAAGUGCACUAGACAUAGGUCUUUGUAGUUUGUCAGUUUCAGAUCCUUUGCUUCCACCAGCUGUGCCACCUCAGAAACAGUCUUCAUUCCUUCAUGCUUUGUGUUUUUUGUUUAAUCUUCUUGCCGGUGAUUGCUUUCUUUCACCGAGUCUGGCAUAUUUGCAGUAGAAAUAUGGCUGUAUUCAUUUUAAUGUCCAAAACUGAUAUAUCUGUAGUUGACCUCUGUGUGAAACCCAGACUUAAGCAGCCAUGAUGUGGAUACCAGGGUACUGGUAGCAGUUCUGUUAAGUUAGGAGUCAUCAGGCCCAUUUUAAGUCGCACUGCACCGAUUUAUGUUGUGCUUUAUACUCUGAGAGAAAUCCCUCUUGAUGAGAAAUAUGGACUUUGAAUUUCUCUGUAGGUUACUUAACUGUUGUGCUAACAUCUCCUAAUAAAUUCGUUCAACGUUAA